UCCUGGCACUCUCAGUCGUGCUCGUCCGUACUCGCUCCGGAGACGGAAUGUCGCUUUAAACACGGCCUCUGUAGUCUGAAAUACUCUUGAGAUCGACUAAACCAGAGCAAGCGGGCUGGUGGAAGGCGUAGUUUACAGUUUUUAACGGUCUCUUUGGCUCUGACAUCACGAGAUGCUGACGGGGCAUCGGGAGAACGGCAGGGCCGGCUUUGCCCGGAAGAAGCCGCUGAAGAUGAACAUGGUGAAGAGGAUCAUGGGUAGGCCGCGGGAGGAGGAGUGCAGCCCCCAGGACAACGCGCUGGGCCUGAUGCACCUGCGCCGCCUCUUCUCUGAGCUCUGCCACCCGCCGCGUCACAUGACCCAGAAGGAGCAGGAGGAGAAGCUCUACAUGAUGCUGCCUGUCUUCAACCGGGUGUUUGGGAACGCCCCUUCCGCUACGAUGACGGAGAAGUUCUCGGACCUGCUGCAGUUCACCACCCAGGUGUCCAGGCUGAUGGUGACCGAGAUCAGGAGGAGAGCGUCCAAUAAAUCCACUGAGGCAGCCAGCAGGGCCAUUGUGCAGUUCCUGGAGGUGAACCAGAGUGAGGAGGCCAGCCGGGGAUGGAUGCUGCUCACCACCAUCAACCUCCUGGCCUCAUCCGGACAGAAAACAGUGGACUGUAUGACCACCAUGUCGGUGCCCUCCACGCUGGUGAAGUGUCUGUACCUGUUCUUCGAUUUGCCGCACACACCUGAGGUCGCUGGCGCUUCUCCCACUGAGCUGCCCCUGGCGGACCGUCGAGCACUGCUGCAGAAGGUGUUCGUGCAGAUCCUGGUGAAGCUCUGCAGCUUCGUCUCCCCGGCGGAGGAGCUGGCCCAGAAGGACGACCUCCAGCUGCUGUUCAGCGCCAUCACCUCCUGGUGCCCUCCUCAUAACCUGCCCUGGAGGAGGAGCUCCGGGGAGGUGCUGAUGACCAUCUCCCGCCACGGCCUCAGCCUCAACGUGGUCAAAUACAUACACGAGAAAGAGUGUCUGUCCACAUGCGUCCAGAACAUGCAGCAGUCCGACGACCUUUCACCCCUGGAGAUUGUGGAGAUGUUCGCUGGCCUGUCCUGCUUCCUGAAGGACUCCAGCGACGUGUCCCAGACCCUGCUAGACGAUUUCCGCAUGUGCCAGGGAUACUCCUUCCUCUGUGACCUCAUGCUGAGGCUGGAGCAGGCCAAAGAGGACGACGCUAAGGACGCGCUGAAGGACCUGGUGAACCUGGUGACGGCUCUGACCACGUACGGCGUGAGCGACCUGAAACCCGGGGGUCUCACCACGGGGGCGCCCUUCCUGCUGCCGGGGUUCGUGGUCCCGCAGCCCGCCGGGAACGGACAUGCGGUGAGGAACGUUCCGGCCUUCGCCGUUCUCCAGAACGCCUUCCUGAAGGCCAAGAGCGGCCGGCUGACGCGCCUCAUCAUGGACGCCAUCGGCAACAUCUACAUGGCCGACAGCGCCAACUACUUCCUGCUGGAGCCCCAGCACACGCUGUCGCAGUUCGCCGAGCGCCUCUCGCGCCUCCCCGAGGCCCAGGCCAAGUACUUCGAGCUGCUGGAGUUUGUGGUGUUCAGCCUGAACUACGUGCCGUGCAAGGAGCUGUUCAGCGUUAGCGUGCUGCUGAAGGCUAGCUCCUCGUACCAGUGCUGCAUCACGGCCACCCGGAGCCUGCUCAAACUGGCCCGCCACGACCCCGUGUUCAGCGACGUGUUCCGCGAGGUGGGGCUGCUGGAGGUCCUGGUCACCCUCCUGCACAAAUACGCUGCCCUGCUGAAGGACCCCGCCCAGGCCCAGAGCGAGCAGGGUGGCUGUAAGAAGCACAGUGUUGCGGAGGAGCAGAAGCAGCUGGCCUGGCUGGUGAUGGAGACACUCACAGUGCUGCUGCAGGGCUCCAACACCAACGCAGGUCUGUUCCGGGAGUUUGGUGGUGCACGCUGUGUCCAUAACAUCCUGCGGUACAGACAGUGUCGUGAGCACGCUCUGAUGAUCAUCCAGCAGCUGCUCCUGUCCCCCAGCGGGGACGAUGACAUGGGCACUCUGCUGGGCCUGAUGCACUCUGCACCGCCCACUGAGCUGCAGCUGAAAACAGACAUCCUGAGGGCCCUCCUGGCGGUCCUGAGAGAGAGCCACCGAACCCGCACCGUCUUCCGCAAGGUGGGGGGCUUCGUCUACCUCACCUCGCUGCUGGUAGCCAUGGAGACGGCGCUCUGCUCGCCCCCGCGGCACGGCUGGGAGAAGGUGAACCAGAACCAGGUGUUCGAGCUGCUGCUGGCGGUCUUCUGCGCGCUGACGGCGGCUAUGCGCUACGAGCCGGCCAACUCGCACUUCUUCCGCACCGAGGUGCAGUUCGACAAGCUGGCCGACGCCCUGCGGCUCCUGGGCUGCUUCUCCGAGGCCCGGAACGUCGCUCCGGCCGGAGUUCUGCCCUCCAACGCCCAGCCCUUCCAGAGGCUCCUGGAGGACGAGCCGCCCUCCAGCGACGGGGUCUGCCCCCGCCUGAGACACUGCAGCAAGCUCUUCAUCUACCUGUACAAGAUGGCCACCGACUCCUUCGACAGCCGCGCUGAGCAACUGCCCCCCUGCCUGACGCUCGAGACCUCCCUGCCCUCCCCCUGGGGAACUCCAGCUCUCUCCAGGAAGAGGCACGGUUACCAUGGCUACCAUGGAAUGUCCACCCACCCUACGCCGUCACUGCCCACCAAAGCUGCGGUGGAGGCAAAGCUCCAUGUGGCAAACCCUUCCCAUCAUGCACCUGACUCUGUGGUCAUCCACCCAGGGGCAGGACUGGCCAUGCUGGACCUGCUGGCCUCGGUCAGCUCCGAAACUCAGCCGGAGCAUGCCCUGGACCUGCAGCUGGCGGUGGGAAACAUCCUGCAGCUGCUGGUGCACUCGGAGCGGAACCAGCAGGUUCUCUGUGAGGCGGGGCUCCACUCCCGCCUUCUCCAGCGCUGUAGCGCUGCCCUCGGCGACGAGGACCACCCCCUGCACCCCCCUCUGCAGAGGACCUUCGAGCGGCUGGCCUCCCAGGCCCUCCAGCCAGUGGUGCUCAGGGAGUUUCUGCGGCUGGGGAAUCCUCUGAACUGCGGUGCCUGGGAUAAGAAGCUUCUGAAGCAAUACAGAGUGCAUAAGCCCAGCUCCCUCAGCUACGACACCGAGGCCAGGAACAGUAUGACCCUGUCGACGGAGGGCUUGGGGCCGGACUGCGUGUUUGGGGCGGGGGAGGAUAACGGGCAGUACCGGAUCAGCAGGAGUCUGGUCCGCUCUCCCGAGGGCUGCACCGUACCCCUCACCCGCGUUAAGUGCCUGGUCUCCAUGACGACGCCCCACGACAUCAGACUGCACGGCUCGUCUGUCACUCCGGCCUUCGUGGAGUUUGACACGUCGCUGGAGGGGUUCGGCUGCCUGUUCCUGCCCAGCCUGGCUCCUCACAACGCUCCGUCCAAUAACGUCGCAGCGUCCGGGGUCAGUGACGGAGCGGUGGCCAGCGGGAUGGGGAACGGGGAGCGGCUGUUCCCCCCUCCCUCGGGGCUGAGCUACUCCAGCUGGUUCUGUGUGGAGCGCUUCGGCUCGCCUUCCCAGCAGCACCCUGUGCGUCUGCUGACGGUGGUGCGCAGGGCGGCGAGCUCCGAGCAGCACUACGUGUGUCUGACCCUCGUCCUCUCGCCCAAAGACCGCUCGCUCACCGUGUCCACCAAGGAGGAGCUGCUGCAGAACUACGCGGACGAGUCGAACGAGGAGUCGUCCUUCUACGAGAUCCUGCCGUGCUGCGCCCGCUUCCGCUGUGGUGACAUCAUCAGUGAGGGACAGUGGCACCACCUGGCGCUGGUGAUGAGUAAGGGCAUGCUGAAGAACAGCUCCGCCUGCCUCUACAUCGACGGGCAGCUGCUCAACACCGUCAAGCUGCACUAUGUCCACAGCUCCCCGGGUGGGUCUGGAUCCACCAAUCCCCCGAUUCUGAGCACGGUCUACGCCUACAUCGGCACGCCCCCCGCACAGCGACACGUGUCAUCGCUGGUGUGGCGCCUUGGCCCCUCCCACUUCCUAGAGGAGGUUCUGCCAGCCACCAGUGUCUCUGCCAUCUACGAGCUGGGGCCUAACUAUGUGGGCAGCUUCCAGGCUGUGUACCUGCCCUGUAAAGACUGGAAGGCGGAGGCUGCCCCCCCCUCCCCUGUAGCUCUGGUCCCAGAGGAGAAAGUAUCCUUCAGCCUCUACGCUCUCUCUGUCUCCACCCUCACCGUGGCCAAGAUCAGGAAGGUCUACAACAAGCUGGACAGCAAGGCCAUCGCCAAACAGCUGACCUUGUCCUCCCAUGAAAAUGCCACGCCGGUGAAGUUGAUCCACAAUGCAGCGGGGCACCUCAAUGGUCCCGCCCGCACGCUGGGGGCUGCAGUCAUUGGAUACCUGGGUGUGCGUGCGUUCGUGCCCAAGCCCGUGGCCACAAACCUGCAGUACGUUGGAGGCGCUGCCGCCAUUUUGGGCUUGGUCGCCAUGGCGUCGGACGUGGAGGGGCUGUAUGCAGCAGUGAAAGCUCUCGUCUGCGUUGUCAAGAGCAACGCGCUCGCCAGCAAGGAGAUGGAGCGAAUCAAAGGCUAUCAGCUCCUGGCCAUGCUGCUGAAGAAGAAGCGCUCCCUGCUGAACAGUCACAUCCUGCACCUGACCUUCUCCCUGGUGGGCACGGUGGACAGCGGGCACGAGACCUCCAUCAUCCCCAGCCCCGCCGCCUUCCAGGACCUGCUCUGCGACUUUGAGGUGUGGCUGCACGCCCCCUACGAGCUGCACCUGUCUCUGUUUGAGCACUUCAUCGAGCUCCUGACCGAAUCCAGCGAGGCCGCUAAGAAUGCCAAACUGCUGCGGGAGUUCCAGCUGGUCCCCAAACUGCUGCUGACCCUGCGGGACUCAUCCCUGUCCCAGACCACCAUCACCGCCAUCAGCAACGUCCUGAGCCUGCUGCUGCAGGGGUUCCCCAACAGCUACGACCUGCUCAGGGUCGGCCAGUUCAUCUCCUCCACCCUCCCCACGUUUGCGGUGUGUGAGAAGUUUGUGGUGAUGGAGGCCAUCAGUGAGGAGAAGGCAGAUGGAGCGAAUGAAGACGAUUUCGGCGGGCUCCUCUCGGCCAAUCAGAUCCUGCUGCGAAACCGACUCCUGGACAUCUUACUCAAACUGCUGUUCAGCUCCAGAGAGAAGUGCAUCGUAAACACGCAGGCGUGUGAGGAGCUGGUGCGCACGCUGGGCUUUGAUUGGCUGCUGCUGUUCAUGGAGGAGCACGUGCACUACAGUACGGUGACGGCCGCCAUGCGGGUGCUGGUGGUGUUGCUGAGCAACCAGGCGGUCCUGGGCCGCUUCAGGGAGGGGCCGUGUGGCGGGGGCUGGCUGGAGCACACUGACGCGGUCCUCACCAACAAGAUCGGCACCGUCAUGGGCUUCAACGUGGGCCGCAAUGCGGGGGGCAGGUCCACUCUGCGCGAGAUAAACCGCGACGCCUGCCAUUUCUCAGGAUUCCCUGUGCUGCAGAGCUUCCUGCCCAAGCACACCAACGUGCCCGACCUCUACUUCCUGCUGAUGGCGCUGUUCCUGCAGCAGCCCGUGUCCGAGCUGCCUGACAGCCUGCAGGUAAACUUUGACCUGGACUCCAUCUGGAGGUUCAUCUUCGGUGUGCCGGCCUCCAGUGGGGGGGUGGCGAGCUCCAUCCACAGCGUAUGCUCUGAGGCAGCCAUGCUGCUGCUGGGCAUGCUCCGCAGCCUGCUCAACCUGCCCUGGCAGUCAGAGGAGGAGGGCUCCUGGCUCAGAGAAUACCCCGUCACGCUGAUGCAGUUUUUCCGCUACCUCUACCACAAUGUGGCAGACCUGGCGCCCAUGUGGCACAGCCCUGAGUUCCUGUGUGCUCUGGCAGCCACCGUCUUCCCCUUCAACAUCAGACCCUACUCCGAGAUGGUGACUGACCUGGAUGACGAGGCGGGUUCUCCCACGGAGGAGUUCAAGGCCUUCGCAGCGGACGCUGGGAUGAACCGCAGCCAAUCAGAGUACUGCAACGUGGGCGCCAAGACCUCGCUGACCAACCACCCCGCCAAGAAGUACGUCUUCGACUUCAUGAGGACCCUCAUCAUGGACAACCUGUGCCUGGUUCCCGCCAGCAAGCAGACUCCCACCAUCGACCUGCUGCUGGAGGCUUCCCCCGAGCGCUCCACGAGGACCCAACAGAAGGAGUUCCAGUCCUACGUCCUUGACAGCGUCAUGGAGCACCUGCUGGCUGCUGACAUCCUCCUGGGAGAGGAUGCGUCGAUGCCCAUGGCCAGUGGGGGCAGCUAUCAGACCCUGGUGCAGAACGUGUUCUACUGCACGCAGCGUGUGGUGGACAAGCUGUGGCAGGGCCUGUUCAACAAGGACUCCAAGCUGGUGGUGGAGUUCAUCGUGCAGCUCAUCGGCCAGGCCAAGCGGCGUUCGCAGGGCUUGUCUCUGGACUCGAUGUACCAUUCUCUGAACCGCACGGUCCUCUACCAGCUCUCCCGACCGCACAGGACCGUGGCCCAACAGGUGGCCCUGCUGGACUCCCUGCGCGUUCUGACCAUCAACCGCAACCUGGUGCUGGGCCCCGGCAACCACGACCAGGAGUUCAGCGCCUGUCUGGCACACUGCCUGGUGCUCCUGCACGCCGGGAGUGUGGAGGGCUUUGGGCUGGAGGCGGAGGCUCGAAUGACCACCUGGCACGUCAUGAUCCCGUCCGACAGCGAGAAAGACGCCGCACACAGCCAGGACAACAGCGAUGGUCGACAGCUCCUGCUGAAGGCGGUGAGCCGCGUGUGGACGGAGCUGCUCCACAGUAAGAGGCAGAUGCUGGAGGACGUGUUCAAGGUGUCGCUGCCCGCUAAUGAGCGCGGGAACGUGGACAUCAGCACCGCACGCUGCCUCAUCGAAGAGCCGGCUGCCAAGAGCUGGCAGAGCCACCUGGCCCAUGAGAGGAAGUACGUGAGCAGGGGGGAGACGGCCGCCCCCGCUGCCCAGUCCAAGCUGUCCCGCGUCAGCAGCGGAUUCGGCCUGUCCAAGCUGACCGGAGGGCGCCGAAACAGGAAGGAGAACAGCCAGAGCAAGAACAGCAUCUCCGCACAGGAAACCUUCCAGUGGAUGUUCACCCACAUUGCAGUGGUGCGGGACCUGGUCACACUGCAGUACAAAGAAUACCAGGAGAGGCAGCAGAACGCCCUGAAGUACGUGUCGGAGGAGUGGGCAGCGAUCGAGUACGAGCUCCUGCGGGAGAGGGGCCUCUGGGGCCCGCCCAUCGGGUCCCACCUGGACAAGUUCCUGCUGGACAUGACGGAGGGGCCCUGCCGCAUGAGGAAGAAGAUGGUGCGCAACGACAUGUUCUACAUCCACUACCCCUACGUGCCUGACUGCGAGGCCAGCGCCAGCUCCGCCUGCCAGAAGCCGGCUCGUUACCGCAGGGCGAUCAGCUACGACAGUAAGGAGUACUACAUGCGCCUGCUCUCGGGGAACCCGGGGAUGUACCAGCACUCUGUGCAGCAGAGCUCAGAGGGGGAGACCGCCCUGCACGAACCUGAGCAUGGGGAGGACACCAUCGCCAGGGUCAAAGGUCUGGUGAAGGCCCCCCUGAAGCGCUCGCGCUCCACAGCAGACGGGGGGGAUGAGGACGGCCAGGAGCCCACUCCCGACCAGAUCCUGGAGGCCGGGGGAGGAGACGAGGAGGAGAAGACCGAUAACACGGCCCUGCUGAGGCUGCUGGAGGAGGGGGAGAAGAUCCAGCACAUGUACCGCUGUGCCCGGGUCCAGGGCUUGGACACCAGCGAGGGGCUGCUGCUGUUCGGGAAGGAGCACUUCUACGUCAUCGACGGCUUCACCAUGACCGUCGCCCGGGAGAUCCGCGACAUCGACACGCUGCCCGCAAGCAUGCACGAGGCCAUCAUCCCCCGGGGUGCGCGGCAGGGCCAGAGCCAGCUGAAGAGGACCUGCAGCAUCUUCGCCUACGAGGACAUCAAAGAGGUGCACAAGCGCCGCUACCUGCUACAGCCCAUGGCCGUAGAAGUGUUUUCCGGGGAUGGGCGGAAUUACCUCCUGGCGUUCCAGAAAGGAGUCCGGAACAAAGUCUACCAGAGGUUCCUGGCGGUGGUUCCCUCAUUAGCGGACAGCUCAGAGUCUGUAUCCGGGCAACGCCCCAACACCAGCGUGGAACAGGGGUCUGGUUUGCUGAGCACCCUUGUGGGUGAGAAGUCGGUAACGCAGAGAUGGGAGAGAGGGGAGAUCAGUAACUUCCAGUACCUGAUGCACCUUAACACGCUGGCCGGCCGAUCCUACAACGACCUGAUGCAGUACCCCGUCUUCCCCUGGAUCCUGGCCGACUAUCACUCUGAGGAACUGGACCUCAGUAACCCCAAGACCUUCCGGAACCUGUCCAAGCCCAUGGGAGCCCAGACAGAGGACAGGCUGACCCAGUACAAGAAGAGGUUCAAGGACUGGGAGGACCCCAAUGGUGAAACCCCAGCCUACCACUACGGCACCCACUACUCCUCAGCCAUGAUUGUGGCGUCUUACCUUGUCCGCAUGGAGCCCUUUACUCAGAUCUUCCUCCGGUUACAGGGUGGACACUUUGACCUGGCGGACAGGAUGUUCCACAGUGUGCAGGAAGCCUGGCUCUCUGCCUCCAAGCACAACAUGGCUGACGUGAAGGAGCUCAUCCCCGAAUUCUUCUACCUCCCGGAGUUCCUGCUCAAUUCAAACAACUUCGACCUCGGAAGCAAACAGAACGGGACCAGGCUGGGAGAUGUGAUCUUGCCACCGUGGGCGAAAGGUGACCCCAGAGAAUUCAUCCGAGUGCAUCGAGAGGCGCUGGAGUGUGACUACGUUAGCGCGCACCUGCACGAGUGGAUCGACCUGAUCUUCGGCUUCAAGCAGCAGGGGGCACCAGCAGUGGAGGCGGUGAACGUCUUCCACCACCUCUUCUACGAGGGCCAGGUGGACAUCUACAACAUCAACGACCCUCUCAAGGAGACCGCCACCAUUGGCUUCAUCAACAACUUCGGGCAGAUCCCCAAACAGCUGUUCAAGAAGCCCCACCCCCCCAAGCGCGUACGCAGCAGGUCCAAUGGAGAUGCCCCGUGUACACCUGCCUCCAUGAUCUCAGCCGCAGACAAGAUGUUCUUCCACCACCUGGACAACCUGCGGCCCUCUCUGGCCCCCGUCAAAGAGCUGAAGGAGCCGGUGGGACAGAUCGUGUGUACGGAUAAGGGCAUCCUGGCUGUGGAGCAGAACAGGGUCCUGGUGCCCACCAGCUGGAACAAGACCUUCGCCUGGGGCUUCGCCGACCUCAGCUGCAGGCUGGCCAACUACGAGUCCGACAAGGCGGUCAUUGUGUACGAGUGCCUGUCCGAAUGGGGUCAGGUUCUGUGUGCCAUCUGCCCAAACCCCAAGCUGGUCAUUACAGGGGGCACCAGCACCGCUAUCUGUGUGUGGGAGAUGGGCACCUCCAAAGAGAGGGCCAAAACACUCACGCUCAAACAGGCGCUGCUGGGGCACACGGACGCGGUCACGUGUCUGACGGCGUCGUCUGCGUACCACAUCGUGGUCAGCGGGUCGCGGGACCGCACCUGCAUCGUCUGGGACCUGAACAAGCUGUCCUUCGUCACCCAGCUCAGGGGCCACCGGGCCCCCGUUUCUGCGCUCUGCAUCAACGAGCUCACGGGAGACGUGGUGUCGUGCGCAGGCACCUACAUCCACGUGUGGAGCAUUAACGGCAGCCCCCUGGCCAGCGUCAACACCUUCACCGGCCGCAGCCAGCAGAUCCUGUGCUGCUGUGUGUCGGAGAUGAGCGAGUGGGACACGCAGAACGCCAUCGUCACCGGGCACUCCGACGGCGUCGUCAGGUUCUGGAGGAUGGAGUUCCUGCAGGUGUUGGAGACUCCCGCUCCAGAGCCCACUGAGCCUGAAGCUCCUGACUGCUGCAGCGAGGACAAGAUCGACGGCCGCGAGGCUCCCGACGAGGACAGCAGCGAAUCAGACGGCGAGGAGCAGAGCGUGCUCCAGGAGGCCGAACCCGGGACCUCCCACAGCCGACCCCCCCGCCCCGAGCGCGCCCCGAAGGGCUCCUCCGCCCGACAUGGUGCAUCCUGGGACAGCGGCUCGGAGGACUCGCGGCGCUGGUCCGACUCACUCAGCCUGGACGAGAAGGACGGCUUCGUCUUUGUGAACUACUCCGAGCGCCAAGCGCGGGCCCCCCCACACCCCCCUGCAGCCGAGCCCCGGCCCUACAGCCAGCUCAGACCCGGCUACAGAUGGGAGCGUCAGCUGGUUUUCCGGAGCAAGCUUACCAUGCACACAGCGUUCGACCGCAAAGACAACACCCAUCCUGCUGAAAUCAGCGCCCUCGCCAUCUCAAAGGACCACAGUAAGAUGCUGGUUGGGGACGGGCGGGGCCGGGUGUUCAGCUGGUCGGUGAGUGAGCAGCCGGGCCGGUCUGCGGCGGAUCACUGGGUGAAGGACGAGGGCGGGGACAGCUGCUCUGGCUGCACCGUGCGCUUCUCCCUCACCGAGAGACGGCACCACUGCAGGAACUGCGGCCAGCUCUUCUGCCAGAAGUGCAGCCGUUUCCAGUCGGAUAUAAAGCGGCUGAAGAUCUCCUCCCCUGUCCGGGUGUGUCAGAACUGCUACUACAACCUGCAGCACGAGCGUGGGUCUGAGGAAGUUUCCAGAAACUAGUCCUCACCACCUCUCCUGGCAGGCCAUGCCUCCUCGGUCCCACACCUGUCCAUCUGACCAACAGGCCUCCUCCUGCAGGCUGGCCCCGCCCAAACACUUUCCUGUUAGCUUGUGUAAAGCACUGAUAAAGGGAUCACUCACCGAAUGAUGUUCACUGUUCCGUAAACGUAUUGCAGAAGUAGGAGCUGUAAGAGGGGGAGGGGAUGGGGAAAAAAAAUACAUUUGAAAUAAUCUGGUGGUUUUUGAUUUUUUUGUUUUGUAGUCUCUCCUCUUUAAUUGCAACCAAACACCUCCCAUCCAUAUUAGUCACUGGCUUUUUAGACUCUAGAACAGUGUCGUAGGCCUCCAAUUAAAUUUGUUUAUAUUGUAAAUACAUUAUAUAAUGGCCUUUUUAACUCAAAUUUACUUAAAAACAAUAUUGCCUGUAUCAUAGGAACUCCUGGGUAUAAACCUAAAGAUGACGGGGGACAGGUCAGGGCGAUGAAUGUUAAAGCGUGUGUUAGCUGCACAUUUACUUUUGUUUUCUUUUGUUUACAUUUUUACAUUUCAUCCAUGUGGCUGCUCACAGUACCUAAAUGUUGCCAUCAAUUAAUUUAAGUAACUUUAAAAAUAUACUAUUGUUUCCCCUCUUGGCUAAACUGCAGGAUGCAGGGCAUGCCUAUUCAAUUUUCCACCUUGUUGCCCUUGACUGAAACAUAUCAGUUGAUUUGAAAUGUUUGUCAUUUGUGGUUUACUCUUCAAUUUCAUUUCAAGAAUUACAUUAUUCUAGAGGUCAGCUGCUGUUUCCAACUGGACACAGAAUCAGAUUUAUUUACUCAAUCAUGUCAUUUUUUCUGCACAACCAUAUGGUCACUGCACGUUUGGAAAAAAUACAUGAACGGUGUAUUUUUCCCUUGAUGGAUAAGCGAUUAGUUACAGUUAUCUUUAUUGAUAUCCUCAUUUGUCUGUUACAUUCUUUAAUACAUUUUUGCCAGUAAUUGUGAUUAUCUGUAAUAUUAUUGUAUUUAUUGUAAGGUUGCGUAAACCUGUUGUAACAUAGGUCAUUAAAACCUCAUCAAGUCUUUAACGGAGUUAUAUUUAAUGGAACGAGUUCAGAUAUAUUAUUCAAUGUUUCUUUUUAAUCUGCAUAUAACUGUUACACCACUUACAUGCAGAUAUUGCUGUAUAAUCAUUUCCAUUUGAAUUGUGGUUGUAGAAAAGACUCUGAAAAAGCAACAGAAAUGUAUGCGACCAAUCUGAAUAUUAAAAGAGAACCAAUUGGCACAUGUAAAACUGGAUUUUGGUGGAUGUAAAACUGGACAGGACGGAUUGCUUGGUGGAUAUUUGAGAAAUUGAGUGCACACCAUGAAGUCUUGUCUGCACAAGCCUAUUUGCUCAUACCGUGUGUCCUUUGUCUGUGGUACUGUGGGCAAUCUGUGUCUAUGCUGCUUUAGUAAUAACCACUUUGAUUUAUGCAAAUAUUUCAUGAAUAUUUUCUUCUUUGUAACAUAAGUGCAAUAACCGGUUUAUGAUUUACAGCCAUAGAAAGUGUGUACCCUACUCUGCUAGCAUGCACUCUUCAUUAUUAUUAUUGUUGUUUUUUAUUGUUAUUUCAUGUACUGUAUGUAGUGUGUGAUUGUUAUAUUGAGCUAACAGAACAUGCUACUAAGAGGCAGAUUCCAAACCCAGAUAGGAAAGGUCACCCAAGUUGUGUUGCACCUUCUUAUGUACAAACUAAGGAACCAUAAUUUUAUUGAAUGCUUUCUUAUUUUAUGUGCUUAUCACUUUAAAGGUGUAAAGGUUACAGUGAAACUGUAUGAAAUAUUUAUGCAAUUUUAUUGGUUUAAUUUUUUUUUAACGAUUGUAAUUUCAGCAAGUUUUGUUACUUGUUGCAUGUCUGAUAACACAGCUGACUUUCUGUGUCAGAGCAUUGUACAUGUUAAAACCUUGUUUUCCUUUAUUUGGUCUGUUUUUUAAGGCAUUAACUAAUGUAGUUAUGAGAUCAGAAAGGCAGAUGCGUGUACAGUAAUGAGCAGUGAAAAUGUGUUCCCAAGGGUGGAAUUUUGUACUAUAUAUGAAAAAAACAAAACGGCAGGUCUAAUUCUUGGACAAUUUUUGGUGGUCUUGUGUUAGACUGCAUUACUACAGUAUCUAGUGUGCAAUCUGUGAUAGCUGAGUGUUCACUGUAUUAUUGUGGUCAGUACAAUUUAAAAAAAGAGUAGAGUAAUGCAACAGAUAUAUGUAACUAUAAUGCAAUAGUCUGGUACUUAAAUUCUUUUUUUUUCUUUUUUUUUAUUAAACCCCUGCUGUUUACCACCAA